AGUUGUCACAUCCCCGUAAAGGAGUCAAACACACGUUAGCUAUUAAAAAGCCAAACUAUCUUCAUCAAAGAGAAAAAAAGACUCCAUCCUGACACAGAAUAUGCACUGGCAAAAAUCUUCUGCUCCAGAACAGCAGCCGCAGCCUCGCCCAUAUCAAGGUGUCCGUGUCAAAGAGCCAGUGAAGGAGCUAUUGAAAAGGAAACGGGGAAAUGUUCAUAAUGCCAGUGCAAUGGCAGCUACAACGGUUGUUUUGCCCCAUCAGCCACUUCCUUCCUAUUCACCAAUGGGCCAGCCUUGCAUUGAUAUGGAUGUUGCUGCCUCUGCAUUGCCUGUCACAGAUGAAGGAGCACUCUGUUCUGGCUGGAUCUCCCAGCCCUCUCCCACAUCCUUACAGCCUUUAACUCAGUGGACCACUUACCCUGAUUAUGUGUCCCAUGAAGCAGUCAGCUGUCCGUACACAGCAGAUAUGUAUGUUCAGCCUAUGUGUCCCAGUUACACACUGGUUGGACCUUCAUCUGUUCUGACCUAUACUUCUCAACCACUGAUCACCAAUUUUGCACCCCGAAGCACCACCCCUGCUGUAGUGCCUCAGCUCGAGGUGACAGAUCAGCAGCCAGCUCUCACAUACUUCCCAUGGGCACAGCCCCUCUCUGCACUGCCAGCCUCCACUUUGCAGUACCAGCCAGCUUCUUCCACGCUUUCUGGGCCACAGUUUGUGCCCUUGCCGAUCUCCAUUCCUGAACCAGCCCCCCAGGAGCUGGAGGAUGCCAGACGAGUCAUCGGCACACUGCCCAUUGAGAAGCUGCUUCUAGAAGAUGAAGACAAUGAUACGUAUGUUUUAAACCAUGCUCUCUCUGUUGAAGGGCUUUAAGUUGCACAGCUGGGGCCUGAUCCUCACCUACUCAAUACUCCACCUGGCACCACAGUGAGUUUUGAGUACAGAGGAAAAGCAGGCUGGGGGGUGGGAACUUUACUUAUGAUUUUGGUGUCCACCUCUAGCACACCAUGACUUGUGUGUUGUGUGAAACUUGCUUUGUCCUGGGGACCAGCACAAGAUUUCUCUGCUGUUAGAGUUCCUGCUACCUCUCCCAGGCAGGCUUUUGAUACUGCAUAGUUCUUGUGCUCAGCAUCAGCACGAGGUGACUUUCAUCCUCAGACCCAGGGCAUGGUCUCAAAUUGACAUACUAUAGUGUAGCCAUGGCCAACUGUAGCAUUUGGUGAGGGUACGCUUGCCUCUAAACAUUGGCAAGACCUAGUUCAAUAGGACUGCUUUCCAGAGCUCAGUGUAAAUGCCUUGUGUGUGUGUCUUUGCCCUGUCCAUGGAGGAACCUCUCUCUGAUCUAGGUCACUAGAAAACAUUCUUGGGGCCUAAACUGACAUUUUUCUUUCCUAAAUUGAACUGCUGCUUUGGAAAGUAGGAAAAUGUAAAGUGUAGUUUUGUUCUACUGGUACAGGUAGGUGCAUUAGUCUGAAGACAAAAUGUCAAUACAGCUGAACUAAACGCCAGUGCAGUCAGACAUCUCUAUUUACAGAGCAACACAAAGUAGCCUAGAUGAAACGUUUGAGUUCACACAAAGGUGUAACUUGAAGGUCUCACCUUGUCUGCCAUUGGAAGACAGCCAUGUAGGUGUGGGACGGUGGGUUGGAAUCAUGGUCUUUCAGCUGCAGAAUGUUUUUGGACUCUAAAAUAUCCAUCUUUGAGAUGGGGGGGCUGACUUUGUGGCUGGCUGGUAAUGCUGCAUGUUCUACCAAUGGACAGAUCCUGGUCCCACUGAAGUCACCGGGAGUUUUGCCUGAGUCAGGAUUGCAAGACAUGGCCCUAUAUCAGGAGAUCAUUGAGAAGACAGGGUCUUCCAAAAUCUGGACUUCAAUCUAAGAAGGAAUUCAUGGCAUUACUAUUAGCCGGCAAUACUUUCGUUUGUUCUUUAGCAUUUGAGUGUGAAGUCGGUGAUGUUGUGCUGAGCCAGGGAACCUUAGUGACUUCUCUUGUGCCUUACUGCUAUGGAAAGUUUCUCUGUGCUGUAGUCUCCCAGGGCCACAGGUGCACACAUUUUCUUUAUAGCUUUCUGUUUUUCUUUCCUGCAGAAUGAGUAGCUUUACUUUUUCCUCUGAUGCAACUGUAAAUGUUGUUGUUGAUGUUCAGGAGUGCCACGCCACAGGCAAAUAUAUUUGCAGGACAUAUAUCCCCUUCUAACUCUGUUUAUUGUUUUCUUAAUCAACAAGGGACUCUUGGCUGGUGAACACAAUUUCUCUGGGUUUUUCUGCUUUCUAAAGCCCAGGAUCCUUAGGUGAUUUUAGUAUUUGCGAGACUAACUGCGAAAUAAUUUAUUGCACUGUUUAUUACCUGGUGUCCAGCACUCCAGUUGCCACCCAGGCAAUAUUUCAAGUGACCUUACAGUUUAUGCCUGAGUGAGGUUUGCAAGCUCAGGUUGAAAGUCUUGAGGACUUUCAAAGCAUAUUUUGUUAUUUAAAGUUGACAAAUCUGGAAGACAUAAGCAAUAGAUCAUGUAAGUGAUCAUAAAGUUGUUUGAAAAUAGCAGUAGUUCAGGUGCAUUGAAAUUAGUGGCUUACAUUUGCAGAAAAACCCAGCAAAGAAAUUAAUUAGAAGGAGCUUAGUUCACCACUGCUUACUCCAGUUUUAUAAGUACAAAGACAAUCAGUAGGUAAAACUGGGAUAAUGCAGUUGUGAAUCAAGCCUGUGGUUGCUAAGAUUGCUUUUAAAUUUAUGUCACUCCAAUGUAUGUAAAUUCUGUGUGUGAAUAUAAAACAAUGAUGAACUGUUUCAGAAUUUCUUUCUGGGUUGUUCUGGUUAGAA